AUGGCUUCAGUUCGUGGCCCGACUCCCCAAAAUGUUGUCGUAGUCGGCAGUGGUGUCAUCGGCCUCACUGCCGCCCUCAUCCUCGCUCGGCGCGGGUAUGCUGUCGAAGUCGUGGCGAGAAACCUCCCGGGCGACAACCUCGAUCAGGACUGGGCGAGCCCGUGGGCCGGCGCAAACUGGUGUCCCUUUGGUACUGAUCCCCGCGUGUGCAGAUGGGAGGCUGAGACUCUCGAGGUGCUGCGCGGCCUCAUCCCGACCGGUCUGGCGAUGCCCCUCCCCAUUACCCGUUUCGCAUCCACCCAAGCCGGCCUCCACAACCACUGCGUGGGCGUGACGUUUACUUCAGUGUCGGUCAACUCGCCCCACUACCUCGAGUGGCUCGGCGCACAGUGUACCGCCCUAGGUGUUGUGCUGCGCCGCGCAACGCUUCAGUCUCUCGCCGAGGCGGUCCGGCCCAACACGGCGGCCGUGGUUAACGCCACGGGGCUGGGGGCUGGCCAACUCGCAGACGUCAAGGAUGACCUCGUCGAGCCUAUUCGCGGGCAGAUCGUGGUUGUACGUGCGCCCGUUAAGCGCUGCGUCAUGGAUGCUACCAUGAACCAUCCGACGCGGAGCACUUAUAUUAUUCCGCGGCCGAAUUCGGGCAACCAGGUUAUUUGCGGAGGGUGUUACGAGGUCAGCAGCACUGUGCGCGAGCCCGACCCGGACAUGACCCGCUCGAUCCUCGAGCACUGCCUGGCUCGUAUUCCCGAGCUCAGCAAGGACGGCACCGUUGAAGGGAUCGAGAUUGUUCGUGAGUGUGUCGGUUUCCGCCCCAGCCGCCGUGGCGGGCCGCGCCUCGAGCGCGAGGACAAGCGCUUCGGCUCCCGCCGCGUGCCUGUCGUGCAUGCGUACGGGAUUGGGCCAGCGGGAUACCAGGCGAGCUGGGGAAUGGCGGCGGAGGCUGUCAAGCUCGUCGGCGACGCACUUGUUGAGGGGCUCAAGGUCGAGGCGCCGCGGGCUCGCCUUUAA